AUGAUUACAUCACAUUCAAUUACACUUUUGUCUCUUACUACUAUUCACAAUAUUGAUAAUGUUUUAACAAAAUUAGAAUUAUUAGAAAAAGGAAAAAUGAAACGACGUGAAGCAUUAACAAGAAUUCUUAAUAGUAUUUCCGAAGAUGAUAAAUUGAGUAAAGAAAUGAAACAUGAACGUUUAGAAAAAAUGAUUCGUGAUGAACUUGAAGAAACUAAUCUGGAUCGUCAAACACCAAUUCAAAAUUUAAAUCAAAAAACAAAAACACCAGGUGCACCUGGAAGUGGACAUUCACAUUAA